CUUCUCCCAUAACUAUCUUUUUUUAACUAUUCCAUUUAUUGGCAAACAGAUAAAAAAUAAAGAGUGAAUGAAGAAAUCAAAUAAUUUUUAACAUUUCAAUUUUAGCAAUUCUGAAACAACUCUAUAUUCUUCAUUAAAAUAUUUAUUUAUUCCAAAAUAAGCAUAUGGAUUCUCUAGCUAAUAUCGUUCCUAGCAAAGAAAUGUCCAAUCAGACAUUAAAUCAUUUUCAUUCCUCUGAAUAUUACGGAAAAUGUAUUUUAGGUGGUUUACUUAGCUGUGGUUUGACACAUACGGCUAUUGUACCCUUGGAUGUCACAAAAUGUAAAAUGCAAGUGUUUCCUAAAACAUAUCCAAGUUUAAUUCUCGGAUUACGAUACGUGUAUCGUCAGCAAGGGUUUAAAGGAUUAACUCUUGGUUGGACUCCUACGUUAAUUGGUUACUCUUUACAAGGAAUGUUUAAAUUUGGCUUAUACGAAUCUUUUAAAGAUUUGUACACAUAUUCUUUAGAUGAUCAAUUAGCAACAAAGUAUAAAGAAGGAAUUUGGCUUGCAGCUUCCGCUUCAGCUGAAACUGUUGCUGAUAUUGCUCUAUGUCCUUAUGAAAUGGUUAAGGUUAAAAUGCAGACAGCCCCAAUCACUCAAGAGCUUCCGACUUUCAGAAACACUUUACAAGUUAUGAUGAGACAACCGAAGCUCUACCAAUUCCCAUUUGGCAGUUUACGGCCCCUUUGGAGUCGUCAAAUACCCUACACUAUGGCAAAAUUUUAUAGUUUUGAAAAAAUUGUCAAACUAUUUUACGAAAACUUGCUAACACAACCGAAAGAGGAAUAUGGAAAGAUGACUCAACUCAGUGUCACCUUUCUAUCCGGAUAUUUAGCUGGUGUUUUGUGUGCUUUGGUCUCCCACCCAGCAGACAGUUUGGUGUCACACAUGGGAAAACAAGAACAUCAACAAAAACACGUUAAACAAUUGAUCAAAGAAAUAGGAUAUCGUUCUCUUUUGACAAGAGGACUUGGAACUCGAGUCCUUAUGAUUGGGUCCCUUACUGGGGUCCAAUGGUGGAUUUAUGAUUCAUUCAAGACGUUCAUGGGAAUAGGAACGACUGGAGGAAAAUAAGUGUCACUUUUAAUUGUCUUCUAUACGUUUUAAAAAAAUUUAUUCUAGACAAUCAUUAAGUUUAGUUUCCUAUUGAAAGAAUACCUUCCUUCCUUAUCGGGUUAAUAGUGUUUAAAGAGCUUAUAGCACUAAUUUUUUGUGAAACUAGUCAGCUAGAAAUCCGUUUAUUUUAUUAAAAAAUCUUUAUCAAAAUGAAUAAUCACAGGAAAAGUUAAGAAUUUCUGAAUUGUUUGAACAUCCUAA